UCCCGGCUCGAUGAUUCCUGUUGAGCUUUGGCACCAGUGGUGCUUGUGCCGAGCCCAGCACUCGCACGUUGUCUCCGCCAAUGACAGUGUUGCCGCCGCCUCGGGAAGCGCGCUACAUAGGGCAAUUGAGGCCCGCCGGCCAAUCUGCAGCCGCAGAAAGAGUCAAGCCCACCUGCCUACCAGUCCAUGAUGGCUACCCUCCACCGCGAACGGAAAGUGAUGAACUUGGAUGACCUCAUAGUGGAGAACGCGGAGUCGAAUCGUCCAAACCAACCUUUCCCCACCUACUACUACUACCAACACCUCUCUACUCUACACCACCCACGUUCGUGGCCGAAAUCUGGACAACACUCCUGGGAAGUGUUUCUCUGGUCUAGGGGAGAUUUCGGGCUUUCCGAAAGACCCAUGCCCAGUCGGGCAAUACAUGCGGGGCCUCUAGGGCCGCCGCUUCGAUGUCGUCCAGCAUUGCUGGAGAAGCGGGCUGCGGGUCCAAGUCAGAACGACACCCGGGAGAUUAGCGACGAGCAGCCGAAAACGGAUAAGGUUGGAGGCAGACGACAGAGGAAGGGAGGAAUGCCCAACCAUGAGGGAGAAAUUCUGCCUGGUCCGGACGCCUCCGAUGAUCACGAGGAGUCGAUCGCGGCGAGGUUUCGCGCAAGAAAGAGACGCGGUAAGCCCAUUGGCAGAGGCGUGGGUAGCGAUCGUGGACGCCAAGCCCGGCAGCGCAGGGACGUUUCUGUGAACAACGCCGGUACUUCCAAGGACGAUAAUGCGGCGUUUCUCGUCAUUGACGUGAUGCACUUGACUGCAAUUCCCCAUUUCUUUUUCAUUUCUUGUUUCUACACCAGUUCAACACCUUAUUCUUAGAAUUAAACUUCUUUCUUCUUCUUCUCCUCAUUAUGACGGUCCGUCGGACCUCUCGCUGCAGAACCCUCGUGCCUUACUAG